GUCCACGUGAUUGGCCGGGGAACGCGUGACGCUUGUCAAUUAUCGCGGGUUGAAGAUCAGGCAGGAUACUUACUAUCAAGUAUCAAGUACUUGGUGCUCUGCUUCGCCAACCUACCGGUAUCUUCGCUCAACGUCUUGGAUGUCACUGGGCUGCUCCACCAGUAUGCUUGGUUUUAAUCAAUAAAAGACUGCUACCCGGAAUUAUACUGUUUCUCUUCUCUUCUAAUGCCUCUGCUUGUGUUGGUUUAUGUGUUAUCUAUCUAUCGAUAAACACUGGUGAAUUUCCUAUGAGCCGACCAACUGAACUACUCGAACUACUUUGUGAUCCUAUCGCAAUACACCACGGCGCAUGCUAACCAAGCUUGGAACUGGUAUACAUACACAACAAAACCAUGUCUCUCGACUCGACCGAAAAUGGCUCUGGCAAGCCUCGUUUGCAUACAGCCCGCUCAUUUCCCAGAAUGGACAGUUCAGAUGCGAGCCCUUUCAUUCGCUCAAGGUCUAAGACCUUUCAGGCGGUAGCCACGCCGGAGCAUGUAGACUCCGAUGCACACCCUUUACCAUUAUCGCCAGCUGAAGAGAACCGUGACUCAGGCCCAGACUUAUUUGAAAGAGCAGGUGUCUCAGAGCUCGGCCUCGAUGAUGAUGGACAAGGCGAGGAGGUUUCCGUACUGUCGCGGAACAUUCAAGAACAGCCGGAGGAGUUACCAAUAGAGUUGAUUAGUCUAACUGACCGAUUUGUCAACUCCUUAAGCGCCAAAGUGCAUAGCGAGCCGCCAACAAUUGAGAAAAUCUCCCUUCUUUACCAAGACUUUUACGUCCGGGCAGAAUCACACAUUGCUACACAUAUCUCUGCGCUUGCUUCCCGAAUAAACCGUGAUCCUUUACCACUUACUCAGCCGAAAUCGAAAAGCAAGGGUGUGGAAAACAGCCGGCAGAUGUUAACAGCAUCGGAAGUCACAGAAAAGCGGAUUGCCCGAAAAAUGCUUGCCUCUAAGCGCAUCGGUUUGGAGGAAGCCGUUGAGCGGAGAGCUUGUGAGAGUAUCUAUGACAAAAUCUGGCGGCAUAAAAGUACGCUAGAUGAAGUUAGGGACGAGAAAUUGCGUUCUAAAACAGCAACAUUGCUCUUAGUCGGAAUAAAUUUGAAUGAUCUUGGAGUUGAUGUCGACAUGGCUACGAUAGAUGAGGAAAAGCAGAAACAAGCCGAUGAGGGUCUGUCUGUUGCUAGAGACUACCUCAUCAAGAUGAACGAGGCAAAAUACCCUUUGGGAAAGCUUCAGCAUCUUGCAGCCGCCCACAAAGCGAUAGUGGACGCAUUGACCAAGUUACUGCCUUCUUCAUCCUCUGCUGAUGAGAUUUUACCUACCCUGAUCUACUCGCUUGUUACUUCCCCACCUGAGGGCAUUAACAUUAUAAGCAACCUACUUUUCAUACAAAGAUUUCGCUCAUCGAGUAAAAUUGACGGUGAAACUGCGUACUGCUUGACGAAUCUAGAAGCAGCAAUCAGUUUCCUGGAGAACGUGGAACUUUCUGAGCUCCGUGCUGACCAAUUGCCGGAAGGACAGAACAAAGUCUCUAGCAAUGAAUCAACACCAGCCAUAGAAAAGAGCGAUGCUCGUCAGUAUAAUAAGGAUGCCCCGGCGCCGGCUUCGUCUCUCACAACUGUGACGACAUCUGCAGAAUUCUCGAGGUCCCUCGGCAAGGAAUCCGCUUCAAGUACAUUGGCUAGACCCCUACAAUCUGCGACUGCUCAACAACGCCUAAAUAAUUUAUUCCAGCCCCCAUCGAAAGUCCUUGGUGCAGCAAACGAUGCUGUGCGUAAUACAGCAGAUCAGAGCCUGAAAAAUAUUGGUGCAUCAUUGGACAGCAGCUUCAACUUCCUCUUCGGCCGCCUCAAAGAAUUGCAGUCCAGCCAACAUGCUGGCAAGGACGGCGGUAAUCCAAUAGUACCAAAAACAUUGGCGGAAGCUAGACGUCUGGUUACAUCGACUUCUGCGGAUAAUAACAGUCUGAACCAGGAAAUAAAAGUAACGAGGGAACCUGUCAACGAUCGGCCUCAUCUGAGACGUAUCGGUUCGAAGGCAGAAGAUACGUUCUUAGGGCUGGUUGGUGGGCAGAGGACUCCGCGCGACAGAAGUGUGGACAGCGUCAGAACCCAAGGAAGCUCAAAGAAGACUAACGUUGCUUCGAGCUCUUUGAGAGACGAACCGUCAUCUGGAAUUCACCAAAGCUCCCCGACGGGCACGUCUUCUCUGCCCCCUACACCUCUUGAAUCGAUGCGGAAUUUUGGGAAUACUCUCAACCCGCUUAACCAUAUACCGGGCAUGAUCAGAAGCUUUGGUCGUGCUACCCCUGAUGGCUCGGGAGGCCUUACCACCCCUUCCCCUUCUACAAAGAGCCCUCCUAUCUCAAGAGAAAUCUCCUCGAGCAUUACUAGGAUCGAUCCUCCGAUUCAGCGUUUCCUCCAGACAACGCACGCUAGCGAUCUCACCAUCGGAGAUGUCACUCUCUUACUCGAAGACUAUAAAAGGAUUGCAGCGGCGUUGAAGCAGGGCCCCAACCCAAAGUAAGGGUUGAGUCUCUGAAUUUAGGUCUGAGAUGUGUCUCUUUACUUUCGUGUAAUAGUUUGCCACCUAAUUUUUCCAUUGUCUGUUUCUUUCUUUCCCCCCUCUUCUCGAACAUAGCGUUGCGGAUCUCUCCAGUUUAUAGACUGUUGGUGGCAUUUUGAUUUUUAGGCUCAACCAUCAUUUCCUCGAGAUAGGAAUAACUCGCUUUGAACGAAGGUUAUCAUUCUCUUGAUAUCUGAAUGUCUUCUUCGCAUAGUAGUAAUGCUACAGUGUAAACUGAACCAUGAGACCCUUCAAUACAAAGACAAGGAGAUGGAAACCUACUGACCAGAUGAUCACCUAGCAUGACUUAAAU